UUGCCUUUGCGUUUGGCGUUCAUUCAAAAUGACAAGAGUGCCCUUCGUUGGUUGUCACCGUCCUCUCCCCUUCAGGAUCUCCAUACCCGUCGAAUUCUUUUCCAUGGCUGCCGAAGCCCACAUGAAAUCUCCCCAAACCCAGUUGGGAAACACCCCCCAAAGCCUCCAAAAUUACCCAGUCCCCCCCCCCCCGCCGCCGCCACUGAUAUCCAAGAAUCUCGAGUUGAGUAGAGCAUUAACAGCUUCUUCCAAGUCUGCACUGUUUUCUCUCUCCCGGGAAGAUGUGCUGUUUGAAGAUGAAUGGCUGAUUGCUGUCAAUAAGCCUCAGGGAAUUUACUGCGAAAGCAUUUUAUCUUCUGUGCACAAUCUCCUGAAUGCUGAUCAAGGGGAGCAAGUGAAAUUGCAAGAGCUCCAUCUAUCCAAUAGGCUGGAUCGUGAUACAAGUGGUGUUACAGUCAUAACCAAGUCACACAAAGUAGCAGCUAAGCUUGUGAAAGCAUUUACAGAUCACAUGGUCAAGAAGACUUAUCUUGCUUUCUGCAUUGGGACAGCACCAAAAUGGGAAAAUAUAAUCAUACGAUCCGGUCAUGGUCGAUCAAGGCAUGGAGCCUGGCGUGUUUAUGCUUUUUCAGAUGUUGGUCGGACACUACCUGGUGGAUCAUUUAUUCGGGACAUGGAAACAUUAUUUGAAGUUUUGUCAGUAAAUGGGAAAGGUUGCUUCCCAGCGUCAUCUGGAUCUGAAAGACAUGGAGAAAAACUCAUUGUUGUUGAGGAAAAAUCUGAAAUUACCUGUGAUACAGACAAAACCGAGGUUCUAGUGAGAGCACAUCCUAGAAGUGGAAGAACACACCAAAUUCGUUUGCAUUGCCAGUAUCUUGGAAUACCUAUAAGAGGAGAUGUGAAGUAUGAAGGUGUCUGUGAGUGGAAGGAUACAAUAUAUGAAGGCCAUGAACUUCAUGCAGAAAGCUUGUCUUUUGAGCAUCCUGUUACAGGCCAGUCUGUUUUGAUUCAGGCACCUCUGCCUUUGUGGGCUAGCCAAGCACUAGCAUAACUAUCUUCCUAGGUUGGCUUCCAUAAAAAAUGAGGACGAAAAUGUUAUGAGGUAUACAAAAUGUCUUGAAACCAGAUAUUUUAUCUCAUGUUGUUAUUAUCUAUAGAACUUAUGGUAAUGGAUAUAGCUUACAUUUUCUAAAAUUGACAAGAUGCUGAAGCCAUUCUUUGCCCUCUGAGUUUGUAAACUCAUUCUAAGGUUAAGAUCAGCUAGAUGAAUUUGUUCGCUUAUAAUACUAUAAGUCUCUGUAGUACAUCAGUUUCUUCCA